GCGCACAGCCUCAGCAAAUUCCGGCUGGCAUUCAGUUUUCCGCUUUCCGUUCAGUUCAACGGCAGACUCGCGCGCGUACGGUUCGAACUGAAAAGGCGACGGGUCCGGAUUUUUUGGACUUGUCGGUUCUCCGGGUUCUCGGUUCUCGAAGUGCGCUGAUAGGUGAUAGCUGAAGCUGGCCGAGAAGUGUUGGAAAAAUGCUGGAAAGUCAGCUUAGAGCGGGCUGAAAUGCCGCCGGCAGUCGAUCCGUAAACGUAAUUGAAUUCGGGCCAGUGGAUUGAAAAUCAAAUUCGAUUUCGUAGCGAGCAAACACGCAAAAACGAUAAACUAGUCGUUAAAUUGAAUAUACAAAUUGGUGUUUUGAUUAAAACUAAUAAACAUAAACACCCAAACCGCAGAGCAGCAGAAGGCGAGCAGCGGAAUUUAUUUUUAAAUACGAUUUCUUUGUUAUUCGCUGCCUGCAAUUGGCUGACAUUGCUCAUACGCCGCGUUGGCCGAGCGAAGAAGUGGGGAUUUCAGCAUAGUUCCUGGUCGAGCAGUUGGCAAAUGGAAAGCAAAUAAGGCAAGGCAAAGGGAUACGCAACAUUAAGUCCGGAAUCGCUCAUUCCGGAUAAAGACAAAGGAAAACACUCCGGGGUGCGGAAAACAACAUCAGCAGCAGCAGCCAUGGAGAAUCGCAGUGACUUCGAGGCGGAUGACUACGGAGACCUCAGCUGGAGCAAUUGGAGCAACUGGAGCACCCCCGCCGGCGUGCUCUUCUCGGCCAUGAGCAGCGUGCUCUCGGCCAGCAACCACACGCCCCUGCCGGAUUUCGGCCAGGAGCUCGGCCUGUCCACCAGCUCCUUCAAUCACAGCCAGACCCUAUCCACCGACCUGCCCGCCGCCGGGGACGUGGAAGACGCGGCCGAGGAUGCGGCGGCAUCCAUGGAGACGGGCUCGUUUGCAUUUGUGGUCCCGUGGUGGCGUCAGGUGCUCUGGAGCAUCCUCUUCGGCGGCAUGGUCAUUGUGGCGACGGGCGGUAACCUGAUUGUUGUCUGGAUCGUGAUGACGACCAAGCGGAUGCGGACGGUAACCAACUAUUUCAUAGUGAAUCUCUCCAUCGCGGACGCCAUGGUGUCCAGCCUGAACGUCACCUUCAACUACUACUACAUGCUGGAUAGCGACUGGCCCUUCGGCGAGUUCUACUGCAAGUUGUCCCAGUUCAUCGCGAUGCUGAGCAUCUGCGCCUCAGUGUUCACCCUGAUGGCCAUCUCCAUCGACAGAUACGUGGCCAUCAUCCGGCCACUGCAGCCGCGGAUGAGCAAGCGGUGCAACCUGGCCAUCGCGGCGGUCAUCUGGCUGGCCUCCACGCUCAUCUCCUGCCCCAUGAUGAUCAUCUACCGCACGGAGGAGGUGCCCGUCCGCGGGCUCAGCAAUCGCACGGUCUGCUACCCGGAAUGGCCAGAUGGGCCCACCAACCACUCCACGAUGGAGUCCAUCUACAACAUCCUCAUCAUCAUCCUAACCUACUUCCUGCCCAUCGUCUCCAUGACGGUCACCUACUCGCGCGUGGGCAUCGAGCUCUGGGGAUCCAAGACCAUCGGCGAGUGCACGCCCCGCCAGGUGGAGAAUGUGCGGAGCAAGCGAAGGGUGGUGAAGAUGAUGAUUGUGGUCGUCCUGAUAUUCGCCAUCUGCUGGCUGCCGUUCCACAGCUACUUCAUCAUCACAUCCUGCUACCCGGCCAUCACGGAGGCGCCCUUCAUCCAGGAACUCUACCUGGCCAUCUACUGGCUGGCCAUGAGCAACUCCAUGUACAAUCCCAUUAUAUACUGCUGGAUGAAUUCGCGCUUUCGCUAUGGUUUCAAGAUGGUCUUCCGCUGGUGCCUGUUUGUGCGCGUGGGCACGGAACCCUUCAGUCGACGGGAGAACCUGACAUCCCGGUACUCCUGCUCCGGUUCCCCGGAUCACAAUCGCAUCAAGCGCAAUGAUACCCAGAAAUCGAUACUUUAUACCUGUCCCAGCUCACCCAAAUCGCAUCGAAUUUCGCACAGCGGUCGCAGUGCGACGUUGAGGAACAGUCUGCCGGCGGAGUCGCUGUCAUCCGGCGGAUCUGGAGGUGGAGGACACAGGAAACGGUUGUCCUACCAGCAGGAAAUGCAGCAGCGGUGGUCAGGACCCAAUAGUGCCACCGCGGUGACCAAUUCCAGCAGUACGGCCAACACCACGCAGCUGCUCUCCUGACAGCCGGCCAUCCAGGUGGUGCCGCCGGAGAGGGAGAGCCUGGAGAUGCAGACCCAGAUCGUCUGCUCCUCGCCGUACAACAACAACUAUCGGCGGGCCAAUCCUGGCCUCUCCGACCGCGACUCGUCCGACGACAAAACCUGGCUCUAAGCUACUUUAAGGUCUCGAAUUUACACUUUUACAAAGGUCCUUCGACUGGAUGCCCACUGUUUCGCCCUAGUCUAAAUUUCAAUUCGUUCUUAAAGAAACCAAAGCUAAGUUAGGAUAGCAUCCUCGACCGCCCCUCGAACAUAUCGGAUAUAGCCGGGCUGCAAAUCCACCCACAAAUUGGGUUUCCAAUCACAAUGGCCCACUGUAUAUCUGCAUUGCCCAAGGGAAACUCGAUACCUUGUUGGGACCCAGUACGGAAAGGUUGUUGCGGACAGUAAAAGACUAGAACUAGGACCUAGCACUAUGUAAGAUUACCCAUCCGUGGGCCUCGUUUGAAGGCGGCUACUGAUCCAUUUGAAUCGCUGUACAUAUUCGGAUUGGUUCCUAACCGUAAAAACCGUUUUUAACUCUUAAUUCUCAACGCUUACGGCUGCUUGCUUAAGUUGCAACAAAUAAGAAACAACAGAUAACGAAUAAACAAAUGACUAUGAAUGUGAGUGUACGUGUAAAUAUAAAUGUCUGAAUAUAAACGUUAUUGCGAAUAAAGCGACUUGCUCCAUCA